AUGGCAUCAAAUCUUCCAGCUGGUGGUUGGAGCGUUAAAAUAGUCUCUCUUCCUGCGUCUAUUACCUUCUUUCGACUAGCUAAAAUAUUAAGCCUGCCGACGUCUCGUAUUUUCGUUUCAAAAGUCAAAAGUAAUGAGAUUCCUUAUGCAUGGAUUAAUGGUUUUGUCAAUGAAGAAGAAGCCAACACAUUUGCAACACAAUGGUCAGGUUUAUCAAUUUUAGGAGAAACAAUCAAAUGUGUCGCAGCUGCUCCGAGAACUAAUGCAAGAGAUACACUAAAUUCACCUCGUGAAUCAUUAACGUUUGGCAUUAAAACAUUAUCGGAUAAUAAACUUGGAGUACGUUCUAAUAGGAAAGAGAAAGAAGAACGAGAGAAUUAUAAUCCAUCCACUACGACUAUACCUAUUCUGACUACUAUCACAAGUGAAAUGCUCAAUAUUACAAUACAUGAUGAUGACACUAAAAAGAAAUCAAGAAAGCUACCGUCACAUUAUUCAACUAAAAACGCAAAUUCGCCAAAACAAGCUGACGAAUCAGACCAACGGUUACAGCAAGCGGAGACAUCAGGUAAGGUAUUAUAUACUAGCAAUCAGUUAGCUUUAUUUCUAUGCUUAGAUUUAAACAACCAAUUAUUAGAUUUAUUUCGGAUGAUGCAUCGCUCCGAGAAUUUUUCCAUAAUUUGUGUUCAUCAUAAUCUACAUAUUUUUUAAUCUUGUAAUCCAUAAUGAUAUUUUCAUCGAGGAUUUUCCCAUUUACUAAAAUUUUGAAAAGUUCAACGUUCGAUUUUCAACAUCAACAUAUUUUGCUUUAAAAAAAUGCCAGAUUCAUAAUCAACUUUAGAAACUGCGCCUAGUGAUACAUUUAGAGUGUUUAUUUCGAAAAAAAAUUCAAAACUGAUUAAUGAACUGCCGCCUUGCAUGGACAAGCCGAAAAACUGAUGUACUUGAUAAGAAGACAAACAAUCGAAUGCCUCAAUCAUUAUCACCAUUCGAUGCUAUCGCAUGAUAUAAUUUUACGACAAUAUUUUUGAGACUCGUGCCUUUCUUAUAAUGAACACAAUCUGAAUACAAUUGAAUCAUUUUGCAUUUAAAUGCAGCCCUGAAAAUAAUUAGACAUCCUGAGUAAUAUUUUCUACCUGAAAAUUCAUUUUUUUUAUAAAAAUACACUAUUUAGUGAUCUUUGAAGCCUCUACAUGAAUAUGUUGUACAGGACAACAAAAAUAAUCUCCCCAUGAACGAUAUUUCAGUGAAAGUUUUUCCUCUGAGUCUAUCAGAAACUCAAUCAGCGCUUUUAUAAUGUUCUCUCAGUUAGACGUUAGAAUAAACCAAUCGUGUUGGAGAAUAGCAGAAAAUUGACUCAACCAAUACUGACGCUAAUAAAUUCGAUGUAGUUCCACUAACAUUUGUCACCAUUGGAAUCAAUAUUUCGCAUUUUUAUUUAGCCUAUGUGCAACAGAGCAGAGCACAGUCUUCGCAGGAACCACAUUUCGUCUGUCAGUUCCAGAAUUGCAACAAUCGAUGUGAUGGUAAGCAUGUUGAUAGUUGUGUUAAUCGUUAUGGUAAGCCUCGUCAACGGUAUAAUGAUUGUGUUGGUAGAAAAGGUAGUGGUCA